AUUUGCAUGCGCUCGUCGGGCCAGCUGCCGAUUCAGCACCUGCGCUGGAUCCUCGCGUUGGACUCUGGGACCCUCCUGGGCUUCGGGCACCUUCUGCGCGCGGGCCUUCUGCGGGUCAGCCAGACCUCCCUGGCGGACCUGGUCACGGUGUUGCCGCUGACGGUGCUCGCCAAAGGCUCGCUCUCGAUCCCGAUGCUGCUGACGAUGGAGACGCUCCCGUCUGUGAAGCUUGCCUUCUGGGCCCUGCUGGGCUGCGGGGCCCUGCCGUGCAAGGGCCUCCUGUUGGACUUCGGGCCCCUCCUGGACAUUGCGCACCUUCUGUGCACGAGCCUCCUGCUGCUCAGCGGGGCAUCCCUGGAGGACUUGAUGACGAUGACGCUGGCGCUGCAGGUUCUCACCAAAGGAUCGGUCUCUACGCUGCUGAUGGUGGUGCUGCUCCCGUGCGUCAAGAUUGCUGUCGCGCUCAGCCCGCUGGUGGCCAACGACGGCUGGCUUGCGAGGACGAUGUAUUUCACCAUCGUGCUGCGCCCGUUCGCGAUGCCCGCGAUGACCAUCAGCCCGCCGGUGGUCACCGCGCUCGGCGUCGUGCUGGCGAUGCUGCGCUUGGAGCUGCACGUCUCG